AUGCCAGGCUCGGCCAGCUCAUGUGAAUGGCCGGACCCGUCGCCGAGCCCAGUCCAGGGCGGUCGGCCCGGCACCCAAUGCUACUUCGUGCGCAGCGUAGUGAAGUCAGACCAUGAAGGACUCCCCCGAGCUGAAGUCACCGAGGCGCCCAGCGCUCAGCCCCCGCAUCCCUCAAGCGCCGGGUGCUGCUUCUCUGCAAAGUCGCGCCUCCUCAUCGCCCGAGGUAACCCGCGGGCGCUCGCCGGAACCGCGUCCUGUCGCGCCCGCUCGUCGUCCUGCGCCCCCAGCGCCCCUGGCUCCGAGCCCGCGGGUGCGCAGGAUCCUGGCCUGGAUGCGGUGUCGGCGCCCGCCCCGGAGGGCCCUCGAGAGGAGGCGGUAGCGGUGAGGAAGGAGGACGCAGGGGCGCCUGAGGCCAGGCCGGAGCCCGGGCCUGUCCGCCGGGAUGAGCCCGAGGAGGAGGAGGACGAUGAGGAUGACCUCAAGGCCGUGGCCACCUCCCUGGACGGCCGCUUCCUCAAGUUCGACAUCGAGCUGGGCCGCGGCUCCUUCAAGACGGUGUACAAGGGGCUGGACACGGAGACCUGGGUGGAGGUGGCCUGGUGCGAGCUGCAGGACCGGAAGCUCACCAAGCUCGAGCGGCAGCGGUUCAAGGAGGAGGCUGAGAUGCUCAAGGGCCUGCAGCACCCCAACAUCGUGCGCUUCUAUGACUUCUGGGAGUCCAGCGCCAAGGGGAAGCGGUGCAUCGUGCUGGUGACGGAGCUGAUGACCUCCGGGACGCUGAAGACACCUGUGUCCCUUGGGUGUACGCGUGUGGACACGCCCUUUAACCCGCCUGGUAGCACGGUGCACUCGGACGCUCAGAAUGUCCAGAUGCGGCCGAUCGAGUCUGGGUUCUUCCACGAGAGCGACGUGAAGAUUGUGGCCAAGUCCAUCCGCGACCGCGUGGCAUUGAUCCAGUGGCGGCGGGAGAGGAUCUGGCCAGUGCUGCAGCCGCAGGAGCGGCAGGACCCGGGCAGCCCCGACACAGCCAGGGCUCCGCACGCGCCCCUGCAGGUCCAGGUGACCUACCACACGCCGGCGGGGCCGCUGGAGCCCGAGGAGCCCGAGGCGGACCAGCACCUCCUGCCCCCCGCGCUGCCGGCCAGUGCCACCUCCCUGGCCUCGGACAGCACGUUCGACAGCGGCCAGGGCUCCACCGUGUACUCGGACUCACAGAGCAGCCAGCAGAGCGUGGUUCUGGGCUCACUGGCGGAUGCCGCCCCACUCACCGCCCAGAGCGUGUGCAGCGCCCCCGUGAGCGUGAGCGUGAGCGUGAGCGAGGGGCUCGUCCUGCCGCACAGCCUGCCCUCGCUGGGGGCCUACCCGCAGCCCGCCACGCCUGGCCUGCCGGCGGGCUCCAUCCCGCCCUCCACCCGCGCUUCGCUCCCACCGCAGCAUUUCCCGGAGCCAGCCGUGAGCUUUGCCCCUGUGCUGACCGGCCCAGGCCAGCCCAUGCCCUCAGGCCACCAGCCUCCGCUGGCCCAGCCAGCGCCCCUGCCACAGGUCCUGGCCCCGCCGCCCAUGCGCCCUCUCCAGCCGGUGCCCGCUCACCUGCCUCCGUACCUGGCUUCGACCUCCCAGGUGGCCGCGGCGCAGCCGACGCCCAUCCAGAUGCCAUCGGUGCCUCUGCAGCCACUCACUCCAGUCCCCCCGCAGAUGCCUCCACCUCCUGUCAUCCCGCCAGUUGCUCCGCUGGCCACACUCGACAGCCUCCCCUCAGCGCUCCCCGACCUGCCGGCUGCCAGUGGGCCUGCGGUGCCGCCUCCCUCUCAGUAUUUCUCUCCUGCCGUCAUCUUGCCAAGCCUCCCGCUCAGUGCUGCCGGCCCCCUGCCCGCGUCCCCAGCCCUGCCUCUGCAGACGGUCAAGCUUCCCCACACCGCCGGGGCACCCCUGGCCAUGCCGUGCCAGACCAUUGUGCCAAAUGUGGCGGCCACCGCCACUGCCAUCCCUCUGCUGGCCGUGGCCCCGCAGGGCGUGGCCACCCUGUCCAUCCACCCAGCCGUGGCCCAGCUCCCGGCCCAGCCCGUGUACCAGGCAGCCUUCCCGCAGAUGGUGCCCAGUGACGUCCCGCCUUCUCCUCUCCACACGGCGCAGACUGUGCAGGCUGCCCCUCUGCAGCAGGCACCCCCCGUGCUGCCGCAGCCCCGCCUGCCAAGCGUCACCCACCUUCCUGAGCCGGCUGCUGUCCCCCAGGUGGGGAGCCAGAUCCUGCUUGGCCACCCGCCUGCAUAUGCUGUGGAUGUCACCGCCCAGGCCCCCACGGGACCCACUCCUGCUGCCGUCCUCUCCCCGCCCGUGCCGGAAGGGCUGCCCCCCGCUGCCCCCGAGCACCUGCCGCAGCUCCCCAGCUCGCAGGCCCCCGCGCCGAUGGCUGCGACUCCGAGCUUGCCUGUCCAGUCCACUGCGCUGCCCCCCGCCAACCUGCCCCUGACCAGUGGGCCUGGGCUCGCCAGCCUCAGCUCAGCCGUCCAGCUGACUGUGGAGUUGGCUCCGGAGGAGCAGGCCUCCCAGGACACGCAGCCUGGCCUCCUGCAGAGCUGUGAGAGCUACGGAGGGUCUGACGCCCCUUCUGGAAGGGAGCUGAGUGACAGCGGUGACGGCACCUUCGGAGCGGGGAGGCUAGAAGGCAGGCCGGCCCGGAAACACCACCGCAGGUCCACACGCACGCGAUCCCGCCCGGAGAGGCUCAGCCGGCCCCGGCUGACCAUCCUGAAUGUGUGCAACACAGGUGACAAGAUGGUGGAGUGCCAGCUGGAGACGCACAACCACAAGAUGGUGACGUUCAAGUUCGACCUGGAUGGGGACGCACCCGAUGAGAUCGCCACCUACAUGGUGGAGCACGACUUCAUCCUGCAGGCCGAGCGGGAAACGUUCAUUGAGCAGAUGAAGGAUGUCAUGGACAAGGCAGAGGACAUGCUCAGUGAGGACACGGACGUGGACCGUGGCUCCGACCCGGGGGCAAGCCCACCACCCCUCAGCACCUGCAGCCUGGGUGCCGGAGAGGAGAAUCGCCAGUCCCAAGCCAACGCCCCAGUAUAUCAGCAGAACGUCCUGCACACUGGGAAGAGGUGGUUUAUCAUCUGUCCGGUGGCCGAACACCCGGCUGCAGAGGCCCCCGAAUCUUCGCCCCCACUUCCUCCGAGCUCCGUGCAGCCAGAAGCCAGCCCAGACCCAGCUCCCUGCAAAGACCAGUUGUCCUUGAAGGAAAAGCCCAGCGCCCCGGCCGAUGUGCAGCCUCCGCAGCCACCAGGCUCCAGGGACACCCCCGGGGGCACACCAGCGCCUGCGGUGCCAUCCUCCCCUCCUGUGACUGCUGUGCCCCAGGACAUGGCCGCACCAACCGCCAGCCCCAGGCCAGAGCCAGCGACGGGGGCUGCCGUGCAGGCAGGGGCCCCAGUGACCUCUCAGGGGACGGCCAACGAGUGUGAUGCCCCCCAGCCUCCGGCAGAGACUCGUGAUGCCCAGCUGGCUGCUAGGCCCCGGGAUGUGCCCCCAGCGCCCUGCGCCUCCCCUCCAGAGGCCCCCCUUCACCCCGCAGGCCUCGGGGGGCCCGCCUCAGCCAACGAGGCCAACCCCCAGAUGGAUGCCCCGCCAGCUCCGGCCCCUGUGCCCAGUGCCUCCAGCGAGACCCCUCAGCCUGCCCUGGGCCAGUCCCUGCCUCCUCUCCCUAACGCGGUGGGGGCCGCCAGCCUGGCUGCCCCCCAGCUCCCAAGCCCUCCUCUGGGGGCCAGCACCCUCCCCCAGCCACUGUCUGCCUUGGAGUCGGACGGGGAAGGGCCGCCUCCCAGGGUGGGCUUCGUGGACAGCACCAUCAAGAGCCUGGAUGAGAAGCUGCGGACCCUGCUCUACCAGGAGCACGUGCCCACCUCCUCAGCCUCGGCCGGGACCCCGGUGGAGACGGGAGACCGAGACUUCACCCUGGAGCCCCCGAGAGGGGAUCCGCCCUGCACAGAGGCCUCCACGGGGGACCUGGCCCUGCCACCCCAGCUGGUGCUGGACCAGCCCGGACUGGCACCUGGGCCGGCAGCUGCGCUGGAGCAGGCCAGAGCCUCGCCAGGGACAGCAGCACCUGUGAGCAGCACACUGGGCCCCGAGGGAGGCCAGGCAGCCUCGGGCUCACCGGCAGCAACCAGGGCCCCUCAGGAUGCCCCCGCGUCCACCAUCCCUGCACAUCUGGAGCCCGCAGACCAGAGCGGCAGGGCCCCGGGGUUGCUGACCCAGGGCGGCCCGGCCAGCCCCCUCCAGCCCCCUGGUGCUCUGACCUCAGGGUCCCCUCAGAAGCAGCCAGGGCAGCGGGACGGCAGCUCUCCAGCCAAAACCGUGGGCCGGUUCUCCGUGGUCAGCACCCAGGACGAGUGGACCCUGGCCUCCCCCCACAGCCUGCGGUACUCGGCCCCGCCUGACGUGUACCUGGAGGAGGCGCCCCGCAGCCCCGACGUGAACAGCCGCACUUCCCAGGUGUCCUGCAGAGGCCUGCCCCACGCUCCUCUCCGCCCGGGGCCCGGGAGGCCCACCCAGCCCUCCUCUGCUCCCCACUGCAGGCACCUGCGGGAGAUCUCAGAGCUGCAGAGCCAGCAGAAGCGAGAGAUCGAAGCCCUGUACCGCCGCCUGGGCAGGACGCUGCCCCCCAACCUGGGGCUCUUGCACACGGCCCCCCCUGCCGGCCGCCGGAGGAAGGCCAGCAGGAGCAAGCUGAAGGCUGGGAGGCUGCUGACUCCACUGGUGCAGCAGCUCAAGGGCGUGGCCUCCAGCACAGGUCACUUGUCAGACUGCAGCCGCACCCCUCUUGCCCAGGACCCCGCCAGGGCCGGGGCAGGGCCCGCCGCAGCGGCAGACUCCUGUGGGAAGGCAGUGCAGACCCAGCAGCCUUGCUCCGUGCGGGCCUCCUUGUCUGCAGACAUCUGCUCCGGCUUAGCCAGUGACGGGGGCGGAGCGCACGGCCCAGGCUGGACGGUUUACCACCCAACGUCUGAGAGAGUGACCCAUAAGUCUAGUAGCAAACCUCGCGCUCGAUUCCUCAGUGGACCCGUGUCUGUGUCCAUCUGGUCUGCCUUGAAGCGUCUCUGUCUAGGCAAAGAGCACAGCAGUCGGUCCUCCACCAGCAGCCUGGCCCCGGGCCCCGAGCCGGGCCCUCCCGCCGCCCUGCACGCCCAGGCGCAGGUGAACAACAGUAACAACAAGAAGGGCACGUUCACGGACGACCUGCACCGGCUGGUGGACCAGUGGGCCAGCCAGACGGCGGGGGCUCCACAGCUGAAGCCGUCACUCAACCAGCUGAAGCAGACGCAGAAGCUGCACGACAUGGAGGCGACAGCUGGCUGGCCCCCGGCCUCCGGCGAGAUUCGGGCUGAAUCUUAUCUCUUCCAAGACCAGGAGACAUUCUCCUGUUUCCGCUGUUGCAGCCAGCCUGUAAGCACCUCAGCAGCUGUGCAGGUCCCUGUUCUGAAGUCGUCUUGUUCCACGGAGCCAUUCUUUUGUCCAUGUGGCAACGCUCCUCCCUCCGAAUCACUGCGGCUUCAUAAUGAACACACCUCGAGCAGCAGUGGGGACACCAUGUUUGGGCCCUGGCGUCCGGCCCUCUACCCACCACGGUCAUUCCUGGAAACUGCCCUGGCCCUGCCCGUGCCCAUGCCAGGUACUGCCCUCUCUGGCCUCUCCGCCCCACCCUGUGCAUUGGCCUCUGGGCAGUACAGAAGCCCGCUCCCAGCUCCUGUGUCCUGGGGUCCCUGAGCCACCCAGGCUGGCAGCCGGAGCUCUACCUGGGGGCCGGGCGUGGGCACAGCCGGGGGGCCCAUGCUUCCUGAGUUCCUGUGGCCACCGUGGUCAGCAUGCCAGGCCCCAGGCCGUGGAUCCUGUAGCUCUGUCUAGCCACUUUGCCAGACGGAACGUGUUGAACUGAAUGCCCAUAGGAGUCGGGCUGUGGUUUGGCCUGCUGGUCCUGCCCCACCUGCCCGAGGUGCCCCAGGGAAGGGCCUGCUGAUGACCCCACUUACCCCCAAGGUUCCCACAGGCCACACUCACCAUCUUGCAUCCACUUUCUGUACUUGAAUCGAAGCUUAGCACGUUGUAAUCGCCCUGCAGGAUUACAGUGCCUGGGACUGAUGGAAAGAGAUGUAUAAAAUCAUGUAUUGGAAAAGGAGUAUCUCAUUGACAACAGGCGUGUGUGUUGAUACCUUAUUUCCCAUUUUAAGUUGCAGAGAGAGAUCAGUGGUUUACAAAUCGGAAGCUGCAGUCUGACCUUUAGGUGCUGUAAGUGGUCAUUUUUUAAAAUUGAACUAGUGACCUUGACUAUGAAGAGUUGCAGAUGGUGGGGAGCUCUGCUUCCUGCGUGUAGGAGGCCUCUCGGGCUCCACGUCCCUGGGCGCAAACAUGGGCACACCCACAGCUGCAGGCUGGGCACUGCCCGGCGCCAGGGUGCGUGGUCCCGGCCGUGCGUUUGUCUCAGUGAGGAACGUUAGCAGCUGUGUUUGGCUGUGUGGAAGCUGCUGGAAAGUGCUAGGUGAGCAGACGAGCCCUCGCCCUCGGGCCCACAGCCAGGCAGGACUGCUGUGAGCUGGGAGGUGAGGGUGUCGGCUCCUGGGAGCUGCCUCCUUCCUGCAGGCACAGCACCCCCUUGGCCUGCGCCCCUCCUCCCGCCCGCCUCCUUCUUUUCCCCAGGCCUGGGGCUGCCUGCGCCCCCCUGUGGCCUGCUCUACCCCUCCAUCUCCCCUCCCCCACCCCUGGAGCCCCAGGCUGCUCUCCAGAUUCCAUGGCUGCCCAGCAAGGGGCAGUGGGACUGGCCCAGAGCGGCAGGAGCCUGGCGGAGCUGGAGGCCCUGCCCCUCACUGGCCGCUGCUCGGGAGGCCCUGGGGGCUGCGCAGCUGUGGCUGCAGACACCGUGUCCUGGGGACCUGCCAGCACGGCUCAGGGCUUUGGUGUCUAUGUGUCACUCCGUCAGUUCAGUGAGAAUUGACUUGGGAGGCUGUGCAGCAUCUUCUGCCGGCUGCGCGCGCGCGCGCGGCUUCUUUCUCCGCGAGGUGCCCCUCGGUCUCUUGCUGAGUUUUGUGUCUGGAAGCCCCACCCCGCGCCCUGCAGCCCACUGCACCCUCGGGAGUGUUGGCGCUCGGCCUUGUACACGCAGGGCCAGUGGCACAGAAUCCCCAGGAGACUGUAUAUGAAGGAGAAAAAUAAACAUUUUUGUUGGAAAA